AUGGCGGAUCAAUCUAUCAUUCGCAUCACUAAGGAGUUGAGCGACAUUCAGCGCACCUCAGAUCUCUCUCUGGCCGUCGCUUGUCGUGAUGUUGACGUUCGCAAUGUGAAAGCCUUGAUCAUUGGUCCACAUGAUACUCCAUAUGAGUUUGGCUUUUUCGAGUUUGCAAUCAGAUUUAACAAGGAUUACCCACGCAAGUCUCCCAAUGUCAACGGUAUCACGACGAAUGGAGGUAGAUGCCGUUUCAACCCCAACAUCUAUGCCUCUGGCAAAGUUUGCCUCUUGAUACUGAUGGAGCACAGCACCUGGCGCGGCGAGCGCGGCGAAGAAUGGUCAGCGGCCCAAGGCCUCGAGUCAAUCUUGAUUUCCAUCCAGAGUCUGAUGUCAGGCAACCCUUACGAAAACGAGCCCGGUUUCGAAGAAGCAAACGAAGCUUCUGACAAGAAAAACCAGAAAGAUUACGUGCAGAAGAUCCGGCAUGAGGCUUUACGAAUCUCUGUCAUUCAGCGCAUGGAAGAAUACCUGGGAUUGACGCCGGAGGGCGUCUCCAUUGCCCAACAGUCUGCGGCCGAGCAAGAUCAACUCGAUAUGGACACCGAGGAUAUGGACGAUACGAGCGUUCCCUUUGAACCCUUUAAGGAUCUCUGCAAGCGGAGGUUUCUCUGGUAUUACGACAACUACCUAGCUGCCGUACAAAAAGCAAAGACAGAAGUUAAAGACCAUCAAUCUUUCGCCCGCAUGCCCUUCGAAGGUGCAAGCAAUUCCAUGGAUGGGAAGUUUAACUACACAGAGCUGGAGAGACGUCUACGCAACAUCAAGGCCGCACUUGACAAUGAGCUUGUAAAGUGGGCGAAAGAGGGCCAGGCUGCGAGUGAAAAAGAGAUGACGGUCUCAGUUAACUUGCGUCAUCAGUAUGAGCAAGUUGUGCAGGCCUUCAAACGCCAGGAUAUCCCCCAUGAUGUUCAGCUUGAGGAAAACAACCCUUUUGUUUGGGUUAUCACUUACUUCGGUCGACCAAUGACCAACCUUGACGGCGGUCUGUUCCGCAUCAAGAUUCAUUUUAGUCCUCGGUUCCCCGAAGAGCAGCCACGCGUCAAGUUUACCACGCGCAUUUUUCAUCACCGGAUUGCGGAAGAUGGCACCGCCUGCUACUUCCCCAACCCUCUGAGAAAAGACGACGUUCGUUCUCACAUUGAGGCCGUCUUCGCUGCGUUGGAGGAGGAGGAUCCAGCCUAUGAUCCCCGUACUUUGGUCAAUCCAGAGGCCCACAAGCUGUACUGGGGGGGUGCUGACGAGCGGAAGAAUUACAAUCGUCGGCUCCGGAGAUCGGUACAGCAAAGCAUGGAUGACUUCUAA